GCCUCCCGGUCCGCUCCCUCGGCGCCCCCGCCGCUGCCGAGCACCGAGCAGCUUGGCCGCCGCGGCCGCCGCGCCACCAAACUUUCCCCGGAGCCGGCGCCGGUGAGUCGGAGCGGUGAGGAAAUUGGAGACCCAGGUGUUUACCCAAGCGCCACACAGCCCAUCGAGUGACAGAGCUGGGGCACAUCCUCUCAGCACGCUCGGCCUUGACCCCAGAGAGGGCACCUCAGAGCCUGGUGGAGUGUGGGCAGCCCGCGGGGAGCGUGGCCUCCUGUGCAGCCCGUGGUGAAAUGCAAAUCUGCGUCCCUGGACACCUCCCACUCUCUGCCUGAGUGUCUGGCAUCUCUUUGGCAUUUAAGAGAGGGAAAACCAUUCACAGAUCGAGUUUCCAAAAUGCAGAUCCCCAGCAGAGGGGAAAGAGCCUUACAGGAGCAGUCUCAAUGAGUAGAGCUUUUCGGGGACUGGGUGAGGGUAGAGAGACCAGACUGGCAGUCACCCAGGCACUGUGCUCAGGGGGACCCCACGCCGGGUUCGAUGUUCUGCUGCCUCUGUCUUGAAAUUUGUAAUAAUUUUAAAAUGUUUCAUUUUGCAAUGAACCCCCAAAUGAUGCAGCGGGUCCUGGGUGGGACAGGCAGGCAGUGCUAAUGUGGCCUCUGCUGUCCUCUUGGCCUCACAUGAUCCCUCAGACUCCCUCCUCUGUCCGGACACCCCCACCUCACCCCACCCCCGCGAUCCUCCAGAGAGGCAGCUCCACGUGCCGCUGGAGGCAGCGCCAGGAAUCCUUCUUCUGAAUCCCUUGGCUUCAGAGGACAAAAAUGGGUUUUCUUGUUCCCGAAACAGAUCACUGAGCUGAAAAGGAACCGUACGCCAGGAGGUAUCUGUUGAAUGAGGAGUGAACCCUAGCUGGAGGCUACUCUUGUGCCAAUGACUUUUCCCAACUCCUCCAGCGUCUCGGAAGACACGAUGAAUGACAGGAACAAGACUGCCACGGCCGACCCCCAGCUGAUGCCCCUGGUGGUGGUCCUGAGCGCCGUCUCCUUGGUCACAGUGGGACUCAACCUGCUGGUCCUGUACGCUGUGCGGAGCGAGCGGAAGCUGCACACGGUGGGGAACCUGUACAUCGUCAGCCUCUCGGUAGCAGAUCUGAUCGUGGGAGCCAUCGUCAUGCCCAUGAACAUCCUCUACCUCCUCAUGUCCAGGUGGUCCCUAGGGCACCCUCUCUGCCUCUUCUGGCUUUCCAUGGACUACGUGGCCAGCACAGCAUCCAUUUUCAGCGUCUUCAUCUUGUGCAUCGAUCGCUACCGCUCUGUCCGGCAGCCCCUCAAGUACCUGAAGUACCGCACCAAGACCCGAGCAUCGGCCACCAUCCUGGCAGCCUGGUUUCUCUCCUUCCUAUGGGUCAUUCCCAUCCUGGGCUGGCAUCGCUUCAUAUCGAAGCCCUUGCAGCACCGAGAGGGAAAGUGCGAGACAGACUUCUACGAUGUCACCUGGUUCAAGGUCAUGACCGCCAUCAUCAACUUCUACCUGCCCACCUUGCUCAUGCUCUGGUUCUAUGCCAAGAUCUACAAGACUGUGCGGCGGCACUGUCAGCAUCGGGAGCUCGUCAACGGCUCCCUCCCUUCCUUUUCUGAAAUUAAGCCAAAGCCAGAGAACCCCAAGGUGGGGACUAAGAAGCAGAGGAAAGAGUCUCCCUGGGAGGUUCUGAAAAGGAAGCCAAAAGAUGCCGGUGGUGGACCUGUUUUGAAGCCACCAUCCCAAGACCCAAAGGAGAUAAAAUCUCUAGGUGUCUCCAGCCCAGAGGAUGGAGAACUGGACAAAUUCCAUUGCCUCUCUCUUAACGUUGUGCAGCCGCAGACUGAGGCAGAGGGGAGUGGUGAGGGCCGUGCAGCCGUCAAUCAGAGCCAGAGCCAGCUCGAGACAGAUGAGCAGGGCCUGAACAUGCACGGGGUCACUGAGAUCUUAGAGGGUCAGAUCCUGGGUGACAGCCAGUCCUUCUCCCGGACAGACUCAGACACGCCCACAGAGCCAACACCCGGGAAAAGCAAAUCGAGAAGUGGGUCUAACACAGGCCUGGAUUAUAUCAAGUUCACUUGGAAGAGGCUCCGCUCGCAAUCGAGACAGUAUGUGUCUGGGUUGCACAUGAACCGGGAACGGAAGGCCGCCAAACAACUGGGCUUCAUCAUGGCAGCCUUCAUCCUUUGCUGGAUUCCUUACUUCAUCUUCUUCAUGGUCAUUGCCUUCUGCGAGAGCUGUUCUAACCAGCAUGUGCACAUGUUCACCAUCUGGCUGGGCUACCUCAACUCCACGCUGAACCCCCUCAUCUACCCUUUGUGCAAUGAGAACUUCAAGAAGACGUUCAAGAAAAUUCUGCACAUUCGCUCCUAAGGGAGGCUGCAAGGGGGUACAACCAAGUGAUGCUUACGAUGUCCCUGAAGGAAAUGGAGGGGGAAGGCCUGUGUGUGGCCGGCACCUGGCCUUUCUGGAGUCAAAAGAAUGGUCUUAGGGGCUGGGUAGUUUGGAAGUUCAGAGGCACCACUGGAAGAUCAGCAGAUGGCGGUGGUCAGCAGAGAGCACAUACAAUGAGAGCAGAUUCCAAGAGAAUCGAAUCUGGAUGAGCUCUCCUGCUUCUUGGGAAAUGUGGGAGCCUCAGAAUCUCAUUGUAAUGCAAGCUUUCAGACUCCAAUUAAUUGCCAACUGAAGGAACACGUGGGUAGAGUUCUGGUGGAGAAUUAGACAGAACUCUGGAGCCUCCGUGGAAUGGGGCUCUGUGACUGUGCAGAGACCUUACACAUGUGGAUAGAUGCUGCCUCCUGCCAGGGGUCUCCUGGAGAGCGUGACAGCUAUUCCACUGUGGCUGCCAGUUCUCAGAAUGCCUCUCUUCCGAGCCUCUUAAAAGAGACCCUGUGUCUGAACCACCUGGGAAAUUCUGCCUUAUUAUUUCUCACUCAUGCACAUCUUAGAGCUGAUCGGAAGUUCUGCAGCUUGCAUGUCCAUCAUUUUCAAAGCCAAGUUCGUUUUAGUGAUUAAAAAUAAAAAGGUUCAAAGCUGCCCUCAAAAGAAAGAGAAAAGGACUUUUUUUUUUCCACUGGCUGUUCAUUAAAAACAGAGAAAAGGGGGAAUGGGGAGAAGACAGCCAUAUUUCUUAAGGGCUGUGCCGGGUUGAUCUCAUUUAAGUCCCACAACACCCCUCAACAGGAGGGUGGUGUUACUUGAGAAGCAGGUUGAAGUGCAGCAAGGUGCCCGAGGUCACAAAAGCUACUUAUGUGAGAGCCAGAAUGCUCAGCCUGUGGUUUCAGCUCAUCAUAACAUUUUCUCCAAAAGGCAAAAAUUUGUACUAUUAAGUACGUAUGCACACACACACACACACACACACACAAUUCUCAAGAAUAUGUUGAGAGCAGAAACAGCUGACAUAGAAGAUGUCUCUGUGGCCCCAGAGGUGAUACUUUGGCAGGGACCGUGUGCAUUUUUACCUGUGAGUUCUGCUGUGUUUGUCCAAGAGAAGUCAUCCUGGCCUUUUAGAGUCACACCUCUUCAGUAAAAACUCGCAAAGGCAUGGGAACGCACCGUUUUACUUGGUGUUUAUAUUGUAAUCUGGUUGUGAUUUAUAUUUUAAAACUUGAUGCUAAAUUAUAAUGUAUGUAACCAGUGGGAGUACCUGUACGAGUUGGUCUUUUACGUCUUGUGUUCCCAUCUGCAUGAUCUGUUAAAAUGAGAGACUUUUACCUACCUAAAAUAUAUUUGAAACUAUACUGUUACAAGUUUGAUUUAAUUUACUUUUCUGAGUCUCUUGGACUGAGAAGAUAUAUUGAAAUGUGGUGUCAAGUGUUACAAGAU